AACGAAUUCUAGAGUGCUAACCUGAAAAUCUUAUUACAAAAAAUUCAAUGGAUUUUGAAGGGGAAACUGAUGGCCAAAAUCAAGAAAACCAGGUCCAAAUUGAUAAAGAUGCUCUUAUCUCCGGAACUGAAAGUCUUAGCCUGACCAAUUCUACAGAAAAGCCAAUUUCCGAUGUGAUUCAAAAUCAGAACGGUGAUCAGAAGAAGAAGAAGAAGAAAAAGUCUGGUAAAGUGCCGAGAAAUAUGAUCACUCCGGAAUACAUUGAGGAGAUGAGAAAGCAGAGAGAAGAGAAGAAGAGGGAGAAAAGAGAAGCACUAAUCAAACAAGGGCUCGAUCCUGAUGCUCAAAUCAACGAAGCCAAUUAUUUGAAAAGAGAACUGUUGAGUAUUCCUCGUAGAGGAGGCGAAGAAGAUGGUGAGGAAAACAGAGACAGCAUUAUUACGCUGAAAAUAAUGACCUACAACUUGUUGGCCCAAGCAUUGAUCAGAAGAAAGCUAUUCCCUGAUAAUGGAGAUAUCCUAAAAUGGCACAAGCGUUCGAAAGUCUUAUUUCAAGAGUUGCGGGACUAUGACUGUGACAUUUUGUGCCUACAAGAAGUGGACUUUGUGCAAUACAAAUCCUUCUGGCGCCCCGAACUGGAGAAACUUGGCUACCAAACAAAAUUCCAGAGAGGAGCGGACAAGAAUCACGGUGUCUCGGUAUUUUUCAAACACUCUCUGUUUAACUUGGUUGAUACUUGCCUGAUCGACUUUGAUAAUGAGAAGUCUGGAGAUGUGAAACCACGAACGAUCACUAAAAACGUAGGUCUAAUUCUAGGAUUGGCAAUCCGAAAUGAUCCAUCCAAGUUGAUAACGAUUGGCACCGCCCAUUUAUUCUGGCAUCCUUUUGGAACCUACGAAAGGACCAGGCAGACGUAUGUUGUGCUAUCGAAAUCGAAGGAGUUUGAGAGGAGGAUUCAAAUUCUCCACCCAGAAAUUACCAAGAUUUGGAAGUUUUUCGCAGGUGACUUCAAUUCUCAGCCCUAUGAUUCACCGUACCUUUCGAUAACCAGCAAACCUAUCUGCUACAAUGAUCGAUGUAUGCGAGUAAUAGCCUGCUCAACCUCCUUUCAGUUCUCGAGUCUUCGGAACGGAGGCUCGGGCGAAGAAGAGGAGGGCGGGAAUGUCGAGAAGUUCGGCGAGAAUCAACCGAAAGACCCUGUUCCAGAAAGCUACGUUGCCACUGAAGAGCAACAGCUCAUGGUGAAACAGAUCGAGCAGUUGCACAACGAUUUACCGCUGCGUGCAAUCUCCCUCUACUCCAUGGCCUACCGUGAAAUCGACCCGGAGAAUUCCGGGCUGGACAACGACAGAAACGAGCCUUUCUUUUCCAACUGGGCACAUACAUGGCGUGGGUUGCUAGAUUACAUCUUCUUCGUCAAAGAGUGGGACGUCAAAAGCGACCAUCGUAACAUUGACAGCAUCCCGGCUUUCGAACGGGAAAACAAAGUCAGACUUGACAAGCUCUUAAAACUCCCGCACCCAAAGGAGAUGGGCCCGGGGCAGCCUCGGGAAAACGAGUAUCCGAGCGACCAUCUCUGUCUGAUAGCCCAGAUCAGUCUCCUCAAGUAGAACAACCUUGUAUAAAGCUCAUCCGUCUACCUAUAUAUCUAUCUGUCCAUCUAAUCUAUAUCUACCUUAGA